AUGACAGCACAACCUGCCUUCACGGCCGUCGCGGCUCGGCGCACGCUCGCCAAAGACACGCCUGCGGACUCCAAUAAGCCCACCAACUUUGCAUCCACCGUCGUUGAUUACGUGCAGCGUUCCUUCUUUGAGUUCAAUAGACAGAAGGAGGCGCCCGCUCUCGCCGGCAUCACGGACAAGGACAUCCGGAACAAGCUCUCCAUCAUAGUCAACAAGGCCACAGAAGCAGGCGUUGUGAACAGCAGAGAUUGGGCAAAUUUUCCUCUACCACAUGAGCACAUCCUCGACGACCGCAGGCAAUCCAUGUAUGCCGCGCAGAAUGCAGUCAUAGCUAACCUACUCGAACCCUCCAUGGAACCCCAGUUCAACGGGGCACACGCAUCAGGCCCAAAUGCGAAGAAACGAAAGUCCCUCGACCAGGAAAUGACGGACGCCGAAGGACAGCCAGUAACUCCGCCAUGGAAGAAGAAGACAAACGCCAAGGCCACACUUGCCGAGCGCAUGACGGGCAAGAGUAAGCACCAGGAUAAAAAGCGCAAGGACAACAACACCUGGUUUGACACCAGCGCCGAUGCACUCGAGCGUCGUCGACAGCGCUUUGCUCAAUCUCCCGAGCCUUCCCCUUACAUUUCUUCACGUGAUGAUUCCCCUGCUGUCGAUGCCAACUCCGGACCCAUCGUUGGUACCUGCCAAACGCUCGAGAAGAACUACUUCAGAUUGACUGCACCGCCUAACCCAAGCACUGUGCGACCCCUGCCCGUACUGGAGAAGGCGCUCGAUUACAUCAUGACCAAGUGGAAGAGCGAACAUGAUUACACAUACACUUGUGACCAGCUCAAGUCCCUGCGCCAGGACCUCACGGUCCAGCGCAUCAAGUCACCUUUCACGAUCCGAGUAUACGAGACGCAUGCACGCAUUGCACUGCAAAUGAAGGACCUGGGUGAGUACAAUCAGUGUCAAACGCAGCUUCGGGCGCUGUACAAGUUAAGGCUGGGGGAGGGCGGCAGCAGCGGCGGCAAGGAGGAUGAGUUUUUGGCGUACCGCAUUCUGUAUUUGAUCUACACGCGCAAUCGGACCGACAUGAACAACAUGUUGGCCGAUCUAACCACAGCAGACAAAAAGGGAACCUACGUGUCCCUCGCCCUUCGAGUGCGCGCGGCGCUGGCCUCGGGCAACUACCACAGAUUCUUCCAGCUGUACCGUCAGUACCAGGACCGUAACAUGGUCCCGUACUUGAUGGACAUGUUCAUCGACCGGGAGCGAUUGGGUGCCAUGGCUGCCAUUUGCAAAUCCUACAAACCCGACGUAAGCAGCAAAUUCCUCACCAAAGAGCUUGCCUUUACUUGCAGCGACACGGAACUUUUUGACGAAGACGUCGAGCGAGAGUGCCUCAGCUUUGUGGUCAACCACGGCAGCGACGCAUUGGUGCAGGAGAAGGACGGCGGCGACGUUCGAGUCCUCACAGGCAAGGCGGGCAACAUAUUCGAGAUGGCUAAGCAAGCGGCGUUUGGCAAGGUGGAUAUCAAGGGCCAGAUCUGA